GCUUCAAUCGUUGUUGGUGGAGACUGGCGCCUCAGUGUGUAGCGCGCCCUCGCCUCUGCCGUUCGUUUGUUCGCGCCGCGUGCUCCCUCCGGCCCUCUCAAACUUGCCGCGCUAAACAAAAACUUUUUCGAAAACCUAAAAUACUUUUACUGCUAUAUUAUAUGAACAGUAAUGACAAAUGUGUUGCUGAGGAAGAUUCUGAUGGAUCCCUUUGGUUAUACAUAAAGAGGGCACGAGUGUUUGAGUGUCCGUGUGACUGGAAAUAUGCAACAGCCAUGGUCGAUAUAUUUACUAGCAAUUUUCAUGUUAGGAUUGGAUUCGAAACUCGUCGGUCAAGCAUUUCAACCGGAAUUUGCUGAGCCAUUGAUGAAUAUAACGAUACCAGUAGGACGAGAUGCUACAUUCAGAUGCCUUGUACAGAACCUUGGAGGAUACAGGGUAGGCUGGGUUAAAGCUGAUACAAAGGCCAUUCAAGCGAUACAUGUUCAUGUCAUAACCAACAACCAUAGAGUCGCUGUGUCCCACAACGGGCCAACUGUUUGGAAUCUACACAUCCGUAGCGUUCAAGAAGAAGAUAGAGGCCAAUAUAUGUGUCAAAUUAAUACAGACCCAAUGAAAAGCCAGAUAGGUUACUUGGAUGUAGUUGUAUCACCCGACUUCAUAGCGGAAGAAACGUCAGGUGAUAUUAUGGUGCCAGAAGGAGGUACUGCUAGGGUUUCUUGUCGUGCUCGAGGUAUGCCAGAGCCACGAGUCAUGUGGCGGAGGGAAGAUGGGGCUGAUAUCGUUUUGAGAGAGUCCAACGGCAUCAAAACUAAAGUCGCUGUUUAUGAAGAAGAAGUACUAACUUUAAACAAAAUAUCUCGAUCAGACAUGGGUGCAUAUUUGUGCAUAGCGAGCAACGGCGUCCCGCCUUCUGUGAGCAAGAGAAUCAUCAUAAAAGUUCAUUUUCAUCCCGUAAUUCAAGUUCCAAAUCAGCUGAUCGGAGCACCUCUAGGCACCGAUACUACCCUUGAAUGCUACGUCGAGUCAUCGCCGAAAUCCAUAAACUAUUGGGUUCGAGAUUCCAAUGAGAUGGUAAUAUCAUCCAGCAAGUACGAAGUGAUGAACACAGUUAUAAGUUCGUUUGAGAGUCGCAUGGCUUUGACUGUCCGAAGAUUGACAGAAGAAGAUAUAGGCGGUUACCGGUGCGUUGCGAAGAAUUCUCUGGGCGAAACCGAUAGCCUCAUUAGGAUAUAUGAAAUUCUCGGUCCAACAGUCAGAAACACGAGCCCGGUAACGAGGAGAGGAGACCUCAAGUACUCCACUCCCAUAGAAGAUCCCGACGAGCAGUUCGGUUCCGCCGAACGCUCUGACGACGAAGACGAGACCACUGACGUCACAGAUCGGCUUCAGUACCAGACCAGGAAUCGUACAGUACAACACACAACGAAUUCGGCACACGAACAAAAACUAAGCAACAAAGUUAGGAAAAUUAGCAAUAAAUUCGAAAUUAAAUCUGGAUUUGAAACGAACAGCUGUUGCCGCGUACAUUCCUAUAAUUUACAUAUCGCGAUACUAGUUUUAAACUUUUAUGCUUAUAAUUGAAACUCACGUAUAGAAGUUUUUACAAUUUUAAUGGCGCCAAUGUUAUUUUAUAAAGAAAUUUUUGUGAAUUAAUUUGUUGAAUAUGAAACUGAAGGAAAACGUGCAUAUGAAAUAGGUUAAAUUUAAAUCGGGAGCAAAACAUUUAUGUAUUAAAUUACUAAUGGGAACGGCUAACGGUAGGCAGCGGCUUGGCUCUGCCCAUGGCAUUGCUGAAGUCCAUGGGCGACGGUAACUACUCAUCAUCAGGUGGGCCUUAUGCUCGUCUGCCUACAAGGGCAAUAAAAAAUAAAAACUUCGCCGCAAAUUUUAUCAAUAUUAUAUUUUUUCCAAUAUGUAGUAAGUACUCAUUUUGCAGGGGAAAAUAAGUUUAUCAACUCUAGGAUACAUAAUCUGCGACCAUAUUUCUACCCAAGGUGGGUAUCUUGAGACAUGUACAAUAGCUAUCCCACCUCUGAAACUGGAAUAUAAAUCUAGAUUGUGGCAGUAAUAGGCAGGAUGGUGGUACCAACCCGUAUAUCCUUCAUGUGUUCAAGGUGGAGAAUCAAAAAAAAUGAUUACAGUUAUCAAUACGUUAUACAAUUUUGCGGGGUAUCAUAGUAGACAGUAAUGUGAGGAGGGAGGGUCCUUAAGACUUUGAUGGACUGUACGAAAGAAGAUAUGUGAGAGAAUUUUUUAUUUUAUUUUUUAUUAUGUGUUAGAUGUGUAGAUGAGCUGACAGCCCACCUGAUGUUAAGUGAUAUAAGUUCUAAGAUCUCAGUAUAGUUACAACGGCUGCCCCACCCUUCAAACCGAAACGCAUUACUGCUUCACGGCAGAAAUAAGCAGGGCGGUGGUACCUACCCGCGCGGACUCACAAGAGGUCCUACCACCAGAAGUGUAUGAGUGCAGGCAUGGUAUGAAAGGAAAAAGAGGACAUGCUGCGCCGGCCUCACAUCUAUAUCUAUACUAAUAUUAUAAAGAGGAAAGAUUUGUUUGUUUGUUUGUUUCGAAUAGGCUCCGAAACUACUGGACCGAUUUGAAAAAUUCUUUUUCCAUUAGAAGCCAACAUUGUCCCUGAUGAACAUAGGCUACUUUUUUAAUUUUUUUUUUUAUUUUUUUUUUUUGUUUUCAUGUGUGUUUUAAUGUUUCCGAAGCGAAGCGAGGGCGGUUCGCUAGUAGUAGGAUAAAGCCAUUAAUACAUACAAUUCAUAAAAUAAACACAUAACAUAUACACAUACAACAUAAAAACAACACAACACAAUUUAGCUGCUCUUUUCAUCUAUGCAUAUAUAAGUACAAACUAUAAGCCUUUUAUAUAAUUAAUUGAUUACUAAGUGGAUUGAAAAUUGUUAUUGAUGACAAAGUUCCGUUAGAUAUUAAGCAAUAUUGUAUUGGCGACGUAUCGCGUUAUAAUUUACUAAUAACCUCCCCAAUAUUAUAAUGGGGUGUCCGUAGGCUCUUUGAUUUAAUGGAAUAUAAUUUAAUGCAACUACAGCAACUAAAUUGAUAUGUUAGAACAAUAAAUGUCUGUGAACACUUUCAUAUGUAUAUUAUGUGUAAUUAUAUAAUACAUGUACAUAAUAUGUGUACAUUAUAUUGAUUCUUAAUCUAUGCGUAUUAUACUGGAAUUGUGAUUUGUAUUAUAAGAUUCGCUUCAAUAUUGUAUGUUCUGUACUAUUUGCUAAACAUUGCUAUCUAAUGUACUACUUACUAUAUACUACUACUAAUCAAAUUAUCCUAAAUUGGCGUAAAUCGCUAGAAGUGCAAAAUACUAAGUAAACGUUGUUAGUGAAUUGUAAAA